UCAGUCUCAGCAGUUAUCAGUCAUUACAUACUACUAUUACUCAAUAAAAUGGCAUCUCGAUGCUAUUUCUCUGUUCUUCUCCAUGCCUUUGUGUUUGCAACUGUUGCAACCUUAGGUUUCUCUCAGUUGACACCUAAUUACUAUGAUUACUCUUGCCCCAAUGCUUUGAGCACCAUCAACAGUGUGGUAGAGGCUGCAGUGCAGAAAGAGAACCGAAUUGGCGCUUCAUUGCUACGCUUGCACUUCCAUGAUUGUUUUGUUAACGGUUGUGAUGGUUCAAUUCUUCUGGACCCUUCACCCACCAUUGACAGUGAAAAGAAUGCACUUCCAAAUAUUCAGUCUGUAAGAGGAUUUGAAGUUGUGGAUGAGAUCAAGCAAGCUGUGGACCAAGCAUGUGGAAAAUCAGUCGUUUCAUGUGCAGACAUAUUGGCUAUUGUCGCUCGUGACUCUGUUGUUGCGUUAGGUGGGCCAACCUGGGAAGUGCAACUGGGAAGAAGAGACUCCACCACAGCAAGCCGUGAAGCAGCAAAUGCAAACAUUCCGGCACCAUUUUUCAGCCUCUCUGAACUCAUCACCAACUUCAAGAACCAUGGUCUUGAUGAGAAGGAUCUUGUUGUUCUUUCUGGAGGCCACACCAUUGGAUAUGCACGUUGUAUUAACUUCAAGGCUCAUAUCUACAAUGAUUCAAACAUCGAUCCCAACUUUGCACAAUAUCUCAAAUACAUUUGCCCUAUAAAUGGUGGUGACCAAAACCUUGCUCCUUUGGACUCAACAGCCGCGAAUUUUGACGUAUCCUACUACUCUAAUUUGGUUAACAAGAAUGGAGUUCUUCACUCUGAUCAAGAACUCUUCAAUGGUGGUUCUACUGAUUCACUUGUCCAACAGUACAGCUACGACAACCAAGCUUUCUUCCAAGACUUCGCCAAUUCUAUUAUCAAGAUGGGAAAUAUUCAGCCUCUUACUGGGGAUCAAGGUGAAGUUCGUGUUAAUUGCAGGAAAGUGAACUAUUAAAGGAAAUUAAAAGUGAGGUAUAUGCUCAUAUGUACUUACGUGUUCGAAAUGUGAAGGUUAAAAUCAAUUCUGCAUUCAUAUAUGUCAUAAAUUCCUAAGUAUGUAUUCAUUCUCUACUUUGAUGUGUUCGAAUAUCUAUAAACGUUGAAA